AUGGCGACCUUGACUCCACUCCCUACAUCUUCACAAGAGUAUACUCAACUUCACAACGAAUUUAUUUACGGAAUGAAUAGCCAUUCAUAUCAAACCAAUCAAAACAUUAUUUCAAUUUUGAAAAUUCAGAUGCCAAAUCACAUUGUUAAAAAACAUGAAGAUUACAAAGGGCAAUACAGUGUUCAAAAAGUGUAUCAUGGCACGAAGCAGCGUUGUAAUGUUAAGACGACCGUUAUCACCAACAAAUUAUGUUCAGAUCAGUAUUGUGGUGUAUGUGGGAUCCUUCGAAUAGGUCCUCGAAUACCCUCCAUGAGAGACAAUGGCAUGAUCUGGUUUGGAUGUGUUUCUUACAUUUCCCAUGAUUAUACCGUACUUCACGGAGAUUGUCGCGCAAUGUUCGUAAUGGAUGUUGUACGCGCUACCACGCAAGAUGGUUCCGUAGUUACAAUAAAUUCCGCAGAGGUUUUUGCAGAAACACCAAAACAACGCUGGAAUAUUUCCGGAAAUAAUAAAGCCAUGUUGUACCUGGACGAGGAUUUAAGGUUGAUUUCCAC